CCUUGAUCAUCUUACCGCUUCCAGAACGAGCGAUGUCGUCGUCUAAGGAUGCCUCGGAUCUUAGUCACAAAUUAUUUAUGCGCCACUCAAUACCGGGAAGAGUGCGAACGGACGUUGCCCCGGAAAAUUUCCAAGUGACCGGUGCCCUAAGCUGCCAUGACGCCGCUACGAGUCAGCCAUGUGCUCGGAAAACGCCUGGAGCCUAG